GGCCCCCAGGUCCGAGGCAGCGAAAGCAUACUGUUGGAGAAAGAUCCGGAAAAACCGUUUGUUUUCGUUCUCUCGAGCUCAAAAGCUCAACAAAUAAACAAAGAACCCUGUGGCUGUGGCGCCAACAUGGAAGACCAAAAGCAACAGCAGCAACAAGGCAGCAACAACAACAAUGCCAAUGGGCCUUUGGAGACGACCAGAGCAGAGCGAGCUGUUUGGCUCAUGAAAUGCCCACCGCUUGUCGCUAAAAGUCUCAAGCCUGACGCCUCCUCCACUUCUGCCUCUGCUUCUUCUCCAUCUGAUCAGCAGUCUUCUCGCCCUGUGGCCAAGGUCGUUCUCUCCAUUGACCCUCUUAACUCCAAUGACGACUCUUCCUCUCCUCAGUUCACCAUGGAACUGGCGGCCACUGAAUCUGGAAAUAUGCCCAAGUGUUACUCUUUGGAUAUGUCUAAAGACUUCAUUCCAAUGUCUGUGUUUUCUGAGUUAUCACAAGGAAAGUUAUCUGUGGAGGGGAAAAUUUUGAACAAAUUUGAUAUGAAGCCCCAUAAUGAGAACCUUGAGAAUUAUGGGAAACUUUGCCGUGAACGGACGAAAAAGUAUAUGAAAAACAGAAAGAUUCAGGUGAUUGACAAUGACAAUGGGGCUCAUAUGAGGCCUAUGCCAGGGAUGAUUGGUUUUAUAGCUCCUGGACCCAGUGAAAAGAAGAAAAUGCCAACAAAGGGGUCAGACACGAAAAGAACAAGGAGGGACCGUGGAGAAAUGGAAGCCAUUAUGUUUAAGCUCUUCGAAAGGCAACCAAAUUGGACGUUAAGACAACUGAUCCAAGAAACAGAUCAACCAGAACAAUUCUUGAAAGACAUACUUAAGGAACUUUGUGUUUACAACAACAAGGGAGCUAAUCAAGGGACGUAUGAGCUGAAACCAGAAUACAGGAAAUCUGUCGAGGAGCCAACUCCCGAAUAGGUUGUAUGAUAUAGGUUAACUUUUGCAGAGACGGACAUCUCCCAGCCAAAGGCCUCUGUUACUGAUAAUUGCUAGUUCCAUUCUUCUUAGGCUACUGACCUGAUCCUUCUUUUUAGCAGAGAACUGGAAUUUUUGUCUAAGAUUGUAGGUUUAGUCAUGGGCAUAUAAUCAUCAUUUGAAGUAUGCACUUUCAUAUCUUUCUAUACAAUUAGCAGCCAGCCUUCUAUUGUUCCAUGAUUUAGAGGCGUUCCUGUCUCAUUUACAUUUCCUGUUUGUAAUAUGAAAAUGCACUCAGCCACUGGCAAUAUCAGAUGGCUAUUUGUAUGAGUUUGACUGAAAUUCAGUAAAAAUGGUUAGACUUGGGGAUUA